AUGCGGCGUUCGCCGCCCGCGCUGUCAGCCCGCACGCCGCGCGCCGCGCGCGCGCGCCGUGCCGCCUGCGGGAGACUUCAGUUAAGUUGGGGCUUAGAGCAAGUUGCUCCAGCUGCCUCCUGUCCUGGUCGUCACUACCUUUCACUUGCAAUUCAUUUGUCUCAUGGUCUUGUUCUAAGUGACAACUUUGUUGGUUUAGAGUCGACGAAUAUCACCUUGGCAGAAGGAUUUCGAAAAUCCAUAGGAAAAGGAACUGGCUUGGAGUUCGAGUGCGACGUGUCGCUGGGCGGCGCGGGACACGAGCGCCAAGAGUUCUCAUUCACGCUUUACGACUUUGACGGCCACGGCAAGAUCACCAAGGAUGGUCCUUAUUCUGCCAUAAAUACUUCACAUCUUCCCUAUAAAUAG